CGAGUGGUAGUCGACGGCGCCAGCGGCACCGCACGCCGCGGGCGGGUGCUGGCGAUCAUCGGCCCGUCCGGCGCCGGCAAAUCGACGCUCCUGCAGGCACUCGCUGGCCGCCUCGACCGCUCGAGCAAGCUGCGGCUCUCGGGCACGCUCGCGCCUCCGCCCUCGCGUCCCGGCGCCUUUGUUUACCAAGAGGACGCCUUCUUCAGCCGCCUCACCGUCGCCGAGACGCUGCGGUUCGCGGCGGCGCUGCGUGCGGCACAGUCCACGAGCGUGGCCGACGUGCUUGCCGCCAUGGGCCUCGCCGAGGUAGCCUCGUCCGCCGUCGGCGGCGGAAAGGUGCGCGGCAUUUCAGGCGGCGAGCGGAAGCGGCUCGCGAUUGGCUGCGCGCUCCUCGCCGUGGACGGCCGGGCGCCGCUCUUUGCCGACGAGCCCACCUCGGGCCUCGACUCGUUCCAGGCGAGGCGGAUCGUCGAGGCGAUCGGCCGAAGUGCGCGCGGCGGCGACGGGCGCGCCGUGCUCCUCUCG